AUGAUUACGCGGUCCUUAGCCUCGGUCUAUGACAUGGUUAACCGGUUCAUCAAUUACAAGCCGCCGUUCCCCGGGGACACAGGUUCGCCGUCUGGCGCUGACGCGUUUCUCGACUUUAUCGAGGGGGCUCUGCCUCCUUGGCUUCAUGACAGUAUAUUCCCGAAUGUAGCGUUCACCUGCGACGCCGCGCUUCGAAACUCUUUCGGCGGACUCCUGGUUGCCUUUUCGCUGAUCUCCCGCCCAGCCAUGUUCGACACAUAUCUGGCGGCGAGCCCUGCUCUGGAAUACACCUCUUCUGGAUGCAACCAAACCUCGAACAUGCCGGCGCUCAUGAUCACGCGGGGAAGAGCUAAUUACUUCCGGCCUCUUGGAAUGACGGAACACUGCCACGACCUGUUCGAUCUGGUGAAAGCGAGUAGAAAGGUUAGCGAUGUUGUGCUCAACGAGUACGCGGGACAGGACCACGCGGGCGUUGCUGCGAGCGCAAUCACCGAGGGCAUUGACUACUUUGUCGACUGGUAA